AUGGAAAUAAACCGAUCCCACCCAGAGUUACCUAGAGAACCAAAUAAUACUAGCACUGCAACCGUCAUUGACAAUUUGACUUCAACUGAUAAUCCGACUACAACUGGCUAUAUGACAACAGAAGAUUCGACGACAACAACGACCACAAAAACGCGGAGUAAAGUUCUUCUGCAAACAGCAGUUACGUAUGCGCAAGGGGAAAAUGGCUCCAAUCCUAUACCAGUUCGAUUACGUUUCGAUAGCGGUAGCCAAUGUUCCUACAUUACCAAUUCAUUAAAGAAGCGACUCGGUCUGGUUCCAAUCCGAACAGAGACUCUUAAUUUAAAUACCUUUGGUGAUGAUCAUUUUAAGAAACGACGUUGCGAUAUAGUCCAGUUAUCGUUGAAGGGAAAUAGUGACAACCGAAAGAUAACGGCACUUUGUUUUCCAAAUCUUUGCGCACAAUUGACAAUCACCAUUGAUUUAAGCUUACACCCGCAUUUGCAAGAUUUACAGCUUUCUGAUCUCAACAUUGCCGAAGGACGACAAAGUGAUAGCAGUAUCGACAUUCUUAUUGGCGCAGUUUAUUAUUUCGAUAUUCUCACUGCCGAGAUGGUACGAGGCGAAAGUGGGCCCGUGGCCGUUAGCAGCGACUUUGGCUGGGUUGUUACUGGUCCGACAACUUAUACAGAAUCGUGUUCGAAAGUCUCGGAGUUCAUUUGCUCAUCGACGAGCAAUGUUCAUUAUCAACACCAUCCUCAUUUACGUUGA